AAUCUCAAGACAUAGUUUAUCCUUGAGCACAUCCCAAAAAUUUUGAAAGAAACCUACAUGAAGGCCAUCAGAACCAGGAGCCUUAAAUGGUUGCAUAGACUUGAGAGCCUUCUAGAUGUCACUUUCAAGAGGAACCUCACUUACUUAUUGCCAACUAAGGGGGUGAAUGGCAAGACCAAACUUGACAUUCUUGUAAGAGUCAUGGAAGGAGUGAGUAUGAGAAAAGGUAUCAAGCUUUUGAAAGUGCAAGUUGACAAAGGACUUGAUACCAUCAACAAAAUAAACCCAAGUGUUAUUAAGGUCUUUGAGUCUUAUAAUAUGAUUAUAGGACCUAUGCUUAAGGGUAGCCACAUGGAAAUAUUUGGAGUUAUGAUCACCGUCCUAGAUCCAUUAAAGUCGAGGCUUCAUGAAUCACAAGUCUUUCUCAGAUUUAAGGAUGAAUUGAUACUUCUUACCACUCUACGACAAUUCCAUGACAUGACUUUCAUUGUCCACGCUCUAUUACUAAAGGUCAUCAUCAUUCAUCGUGCAAGCUCCUACAACCAGACUGGUUGUCCUGCGUUAUUCAGCACCAUUAAAUUCACAUAUGGGAAUGAAGAUAAGGAUGAUCCACUUGAGUUAUGGUUAUUUUCGAAGAGAUUGGCUCCGACCACUCGUUCCAUUGUACCAUCUCUUCCAUUGAGAUCCAUCGACCUAGGUUCUGAAUGCAGGAAUCCAGAGACUGGUGUUGAGCAGAGAGGGGAAUUCACUCCCUCGGUGAUGCGAGGAAUGGGAUGGGAUCUACUCUUUUCUUAACCAAGAUCGACUUGAGCUAGCAGUUUCCCAAUUCUUUGAUCUACUAACCUUCCUUUAAUGUUGGAACUUUUUCUAUGAUCAUUGAAAGAGCCUCCUCCAUUUGGAGAACUUUGUUGUGUUGUUGACCAGAUAAACAUCCCAAACAUGGCUAAGCGUUGUGAACCUUAUCGGAUCGAUUAUCUAGUGCUCUAUUGGUGCAAUUUGAUCUCUCAAACAAAUUGUUCUUGAAAUU